CGCUCAAGCGCAAACACCAAGUACUCGCACAUUACACACUUACGCGCCUGUCAAAAAAAGGAAGAAAAAUAGUGCUUCUACUUAAAUAUCUGCACAAUGGUAAUAGCCUAGACAGACCGUUAAUCGGAGUUACCGGCGCACUUAAUUCUGAUUCAAAUUGUUGCAUGACAGACGUUUGUUACUCGGAUUAGUGAACAGCUGAUUUAUUUAUUGGAUACUAUUGCCAGUAAAAGAUGGAUCGCAAGCGACAAAUACGGAUAUUAGCUUCCCUGAUACUAAAAAAUAAUUAUUUAUUUCAAAAAAAUCUUAAAUUGCUAUUUCUCAAACUCCACCGCAAUAUCAAAACUAUAAAUGUCAUUUCGGAUGUGUUAGUGCAAACCAACAUUGCAUCCAUACUAUCUCAGAAAAAUGGACGAAAAAUCUGGAAAAUUGAGCGCAAUGGCAGAUUUUGGGAGCAUGACGUGCGUGGAAUGGACGACGCCCAAUUCAAGGAGCACUUUCGCCUAAGCAAAGAUGCUUUCCGCAAAGUAUCUGCGAAGGUGCGAAGAAUAGAGAAGACAGAUAGCAACAUGAGAUCUUGUAUUCCACUCCAUAAAAGAGUGGCUAUUGCAUUAUUUGCGCUAGGUGCGCCGGUUGAAUACAGCGCUAUUGCAAGAUUGUUUGGUGUAGGACGGAGUACUGUGGGAGGAAUAGUUGUGCAGUUUUGCAGCGCCGUGUGCGAUAAUUUAGCGGACUGCAUCAAUUCAUAUCCUCCACAUCCUGCAGAAGUAAAACGAAUUGUUGAUGGUUUCUCGCAACUCGGAUUUCCUCAAUGUUUCGGAGCAAUAGAUGGAUGCCACAUAGAGAUUGAGCCAAACAAAGAAGAUGCAGUUGACUAUUGCAACUCCAAAGGCUGGUAUUCGGUUGUUUUAUUUGCGAGCUGUGAUUAUAAUUCGAAAUUUACGUACAUUCACAUUGGGUCCCGUGGAAGUAACAACGACUCGCACAUCUUUGAAACGAGCUCUUUGAAAAAAUUUCAUGAGAACGCUAACAUCUUCCAGCAGAAUAUCAAACACAUUGAAGGUGUUAAUGUGCCGGUGGUACUUAUCGGCGACUCAGCUUUUCGAUUGUCGCGGUAUUUGAUUAAGCCUUUUCCAUAUUCACCAAAUCAGCCAGUUGUGGAAAAGUAUUUUAACUACCGGCUGUCAAGAUGUCGUCGUGUAGUACGGAAUGCAUUUGGUCAACUUAAAGCGCGAUUUAGAAAAAUAGGCGGAAAGCUGCAAGUAGCCCCAAAAAAUGUUAACACAAUAAUACAUGCAUGCUGUAUUUUGCAUAAUUUUUUAAAAGCGGAAAAUGAUGAAUUACCUUCCACAUGGAUGCAUGACGCUGCAAAAGUGGCAUCUGCACCAUAUCAACCCAAUCACACUACAACAGCCGGUGAAAACGACAAAGCGGCAACGACUAUCAGGAACGCAAUUGCGCAGAGUUUUCUUGCCGACAACGAUGGCCCUGUAGCUGGAGCUAGCGGUGAUGUGAGUCCGGUCUCUACGGUUGGUAAUGGCGACAGCGCUGAUGAUGACCCUGGGAGCUCGUAUAGAGAUCUAAUUAGCGAAAGCGGUGCAAUUACUGUCGAUGACAACAGUGAAGGAGGUGAAGGUGAUGGCAGCUGGGUUGAAUUCUAAAAUCUGAAUAAUAUGGCAUGUAAAAUCUUACUACUGAAAAUUCAAUAGUGAGGGGUAGCGUUUAUCGCUUUACGGCAAACAAUGCGGUGCACUGCAGAAAAGUGCCUCCCGUUGAAUGGUGUUCGCCCGAUGGGCCCAUUUUACCUUUCUCUUCUCUGCAAAAAUCAGCAAUCACCAGUUAUUGGGUAAUAAUGGAGAGUUAGUAAAAAAUGCAUCUGUAUUUCUUCGUCAAGUUUUUUUUAUUUUUAUAUGAGCUGCCUCGCGCUGUAUUUGCCUGCCAUUUCAACAGCAAUGCCAUUAUAAAUGUGGGCAUUUUUUUUCACCCUCGCAAAUCAUUCGCGCGUUCUUCUCAUUUUAUUAUGAGCUCCUGCUGCUCGUCUCCUUCCGUCCAGAUUGCGCGUUUCUUUCUGUUUGCCAUCUGAAAUUAAACUUAAAAAUAAAACAAAAAUGCUACAAAAUA